AUGGACAAACCAGAGUUUCUGAAAAUUGAACUUCAAAGACUGAAAAACGAAUACGAAACUGAGUUGUCGGUUGACCACGUAAUGCCGAAGACACAAUUCGAUUACGCCUGUUUAUUAAUAUGUUCGUCCGAUUUAAAAAAUAUAAAAUAUGCUUCGUCUUUGUUGCACGAAUUAUUACUUAUAAAUUACAAUCGCAUUGAUUGUUUAUACCAGCUAGCUAUAGCACAUAUAAAAUUAAGAGAUUAUAAAAAAGCAAAAAACUAUUUAAAUGCACUGUUAAAAAUUGAUGCAAGAAACAGUAAUGCCUUAGCUUUAAAAAGCUUGUUGUUUGAUUUAAUAUCAUCAGACGGAUUAAUAGGUGCAUUGUUAGUUGCACUUACAGCGUGUGGAAUUUAUCUAUCUUUUAAAUCUUUUAAAUAUUUUUAA